AUGAGGAUGACAGGUCGCAUGGAGCCGAGACGUCUUAGGUUUCUCCUCGACUCCUUUACAUUAGCUGUCACGGCGAUCCUCGAGAGGCCACAACAGUUGGUUUUCAACACGCAGGUCAUGGGGGAUGCAGAGCUUUGCUUCCUUCGAGAUAGUUUUUCUAACCGUGACACCCUAGUGUCUCCUCCGCCUCAGCUGCUCCAAGCCGAGUUUGAGGCAUACACCAAAGCAAAUCCCAGCCGCGUGGCGAUUGGAUCGGCUGGUGCAAAGGGACUUGAAGAAAUCACGUAUGCCGACCUUGACAGUCGUGCCAACAACUUCGCCACGAUGCUGGUGGGACGAGGUCUGCAACCCGGUGAUCGUGUCGCGGUUAUGCUAGACAAAUCCGUCAAAGCGAUCGUCUGCAUCCUAGGCAUUCUCAAGGCAGGCCUGACCAAUGUGCCGCUCGACCCGGAAAACCCAGUCGAUCGCAAUGCCUUUAUCUGCCGAGAUGUAUCGCCGCGAAUUGUCGUGAUGACGACGUCCAAAAGCGAGUUUUCUGGUCAUCUCCCCGGCGACGUCGACAUUCUCUUCAUUGAAGAUAUUUCGUCUCCGGAAGAAAAUGUCCAGCCCAUUCCCGUGACCGUAACACCCAAUCAUCUAGCCUACAUUCUCUACACUUCUGGAAGCACUGGGCAGCCCAAGGGCGUUAUGGUGCCGCACCGAACAGUUGCUACUGGCAUUAGGAGCAUAUGUGCCGCUGAGGGCCGUGCCAGCGGAGAGUGGCGCUGUUCACAGAUUUCCAAAUACGUUUUCGAUCACGGGGGGACUAUUUGUAUGUCGCCGACGGACGAUAUAUUCUCCGACAUGGCAGGCUUUAUCCGUCGUAUGAAUGUAUCCUAUGCUUGCAUCACACCAACCGUGGCGGGCCUGAUACGACCAGCCGACGUCCCCAACUUAAAGACAGUGACUUUUGCCGGCGAAGCUGUUACCAAAAGUCUUAUUAAAAACUGGGCGCCUGGUCGCCGAAUUUUCAAUUCUUAUGGACCUACCAAGACCAGCGUGAUUGUUUGCACAAAGGAAGUCAAACUUGACAACCACGAGGUGGCAGGUUAA